CUAUUACCGCCAAAUUAGAACAUCGGCCGGCUGUGGCCAGAAGAGUGCACGGUGAAAGGGCAUCCACCGCCCAGCGAGGCUGGCUGCGAAACGCUGGGUCUCGCUUCCAUUUCCGUCCCUCUCAGCCAAAACUCGAUUAUUUCGAGACACCGACCCGACCUCUUCCUCCUCCUGCCCUCUCUUCCUUCCUUCAUCCCUUUGAACGUGGAAAACUUAUCAUCGCCACAGAACCCGACCAGUCACCUACCCCGUGCCGUCGUCUCCCACUCACACGGUAUCCAUCGGUCUCCCGCAUCGAUCGGUUUGCCUCUUCGAUAUUAAUCCUGCACGCUGCCUUGCGCAUCGGUCGCAUUCCACACACCUAACACAUCGACACUCGUGGCAUCCCACUACAGCUGUCGCUGAGCUGGGAACGGAAGGUCAAAGAGAGAGCAAGUUGAAACGGAGCGCCCGGUUUGACAGGCAAAAGGUUUGAGAUACCUCAAGGUGCUUUUUUCCGCAAGAACCACCCGACCCUUCUGCCUUGACUCCCGUCACCCACCACCUCCAUCACCACCUACCUCACCUACCUGCCUCACCUACUGCUUCACCUUGCCUUUAUCAGCACACUCACACAACACCUCCUCUACUACUUCACUUGCACUUCACCCGCAGCCCGUCGCGCCUCCAUCACAGUCUCCGUCAGUUCGCCACAGUGCUUUGUAGCUUGUCGCGCAGCACCGAUUGAGUUGGCACUGGAUCACACACUCCAUCUUUGCACGCCCUCUCAAGCCACAACGUCCCCUUGUUUUGACAAGCCAUCAUCACCCAACCCGAACUCCUUAGCUUCAGUCCGUCCCGGCCCAAGUCAAGCCUAUCCUCAGUUCACGGCCCAGUCCAGUCCCGCCCCCGCCACUACACCUAGCCCGUUUUCUUCGAAAACCCUUUCAGGUGUAGAUAACAACAUAAAAUAUUCAAUUGAAUACCUUCGAGAAUCCGACAUUGAGCAAACGGCUUGCUCUCCAAAGUGAAACAAGAGUCAUCCUCCUCCCCCUUAAACAAAAAGAGAUCACUUAAUUAGGUAUUUCACCAUGUCCGCCUCUCCCCAGCCAACACAGUCCACCAAGCGUCCUCUCGAGGACACGUCGUCCCCCUCCCGCAACGACCAGCCCGAGGCCAAACGUCCGGCUCUGGACAAGGUCAUCAAGGAGCAGCAGGAGGACAACAAGGCCGACCCCAUCUCUUUUUUGAACGACGAGACCGCCUCCUCCGUCCCGGCCUCUGAGGCCAACGGCACGGCGAAGACGAACGGCGAAAAGCCCGAGGCGACGGACCAUCAGGGUGACACCGUCGUCCCCGAUGCUCCGGAAACAAAGCCCACCACCAGUACCACGGUGGAUACCGCCUCGUCUGAGGCACAGGCGAACCCCCCUGCAGAGUCUCGUGAUGAGACUGCCUGGAUACACAUCCGCGCCGUUAUUUCAAGUCCCGAAGCCGCGACUAUAAUCGGGAAAGGCGGCGAGAAUGUGUCCAAGAUCAGACAAUCGUCAGGAGCCAAGUGCACUGUCAGUGACUAUCAGAAGGGCGCCGUUGAGCGUAUUCUGACUGUCAGCGGUGUUGUUGAUGCUGCUGCAAAGGCCUUUGGCUUGAUUAUCCGCACCCUCAACAACGAGCCGUUGUCUGAGCCCUCCAACCAGCACUCCAAGACCUAUCCUCUGCGUCUUCUGAUCCCCCAUGUUCUGAUCGGCUCCAUCAUUGGGAAGGGCGGGUCUCGCAUCAAGGAGAUCCAAGAAGCUUCUGGUGCGCGCCUGAACGCUUCUGACUCCUGCCUCCCCGCGUCUUCGGAGCGUUCUCUGGUCGUCACGGGCGUUGCUGACGCUGUACACAUCGCCACAUACUAUGUCGGUAGCACCCUUUUGGAGCAGCUCAACGAGCGCUUUGGCGGGGCUGCUGCCUCUGCCUACGCUACCCGCAGCGGCGGUCCUGCUGCCGUCACAGGUGGCAUGACUGUCGUCCCAUACGUCCCUCAACCCGCCGGCGGAAACUUUGGUCAGCGCGACCACUACAACAACCGCCGUCCGGACCCUAGAGCCCACCACAUGCCGCCCCAGACCUACGGUGGCGCGCCUCAAUAUGGCGCUUAUCCUCAGGCGGCACAUCCUGGCCCCGCGGUCCCAAUGCACUUUGCUGGUGCUCAGGCUGCUGGGGGUUACGGACCUGCCGCCCCCCACAUGCCACCCCAUGCCGGACACGCCGGACAUGUUGGGCCCCAGCCCCACACCGGCCCUCACGGUCCGCAGGCAGCUGGCUCUGGUGGCGCGGCCGGUGGACCUAUGACUCAACAAAUCUACAUCCCCAAUGACAUGGUUGGCGCCAUCAUCGGCAAGGGUGGCCAGAAGAUCAACGAGAUCCGUCAGAUCAGCGGCAGCGUCAUCAAGAUUAACGAGCCACAAGACAACAGCAACGAGCGUCUUGUCACGAUCACUGGUACCGAUGAAUGCAACAAGAUGGCGCUAUACAUGCUCUACACUCGUCUUGAAAACGAAAAGCACCGGAUGUAACCGAACGAAACGAGUUUUUAACACAGGUCCGGUCGAUGGCACCAAACGAUAAUUCCCCUAUUCCUUUCGACUUUUGGACGGCGUUGGGGGUGUUGGGAGAAGGGUGGAAAAGCUUUGGCAUCUCGUACAGUUUCUGCCCGGAAAAUAUUUUCUGAGGGGUUUUGUUCAUUUAUAGUUCACGGACCCGAGGUUUGAUAAUGAUCGCUUUUAUUUCCCACCUUCCCUGCCUGCCCUCUUGAGCACGCUUCCCUGCCUCGCUUCCCCGUGGUGCCUUGCCCAGAACUGCCCAAACAUGCUCUGUCCUUCACCGUUCCCUUUUGGAACGCCAACCCUGCUCCUCCUGAUCGUGCCCGCAUCCAACAUCUCUCUUCCUGAGCGACACACCCCAUAAUCGCAUCCCGUCCGACGGCACCACCAUCUCCUCCCACCUACCCGGACCCUAACCAAUCUCAAUCUUUGCGAGCACCAGCCUUGUAGGGCAACAGGUUGACAGUUGUGUUGUUUACCUUGCUGCGCACCCACCAUCCGAGCCAGUUUCACCAUUCCGUUCCAAUGCUCAUCAACACACCACGCUCCCCACAGCAAAAACCAGCAUGUGGAAGAGAAGACGCCGGUAUCACCACAUUGUGUAAGUUAACAAGCUAGGUGGUUUGUAGAGGAUGUGCUUCUUUGUGUAUUGGAAAUGUCUAGCAAGCACCGCCUCUGAAGCACUUUACGGCUUUGGUAUUACUUGGUGGCUUGAUCAAGAGGCGGGUAAUUAUUAGUUAAUAUGAAUCAAAACAAGGCCCUGUUCAGGCAAUCAACCCUUUCCUGAUUUCAAGACCGC